GCGGCGUGUUCCGCCAACAGGCAAUGCCCUGAGCGCAGUGCUAGCUGGCGGAGCGAAACUGAAAGCGGGUGGUUUUGCUUCAGGAAGUGUUGCGAUAGGGUGUGUGAACAUGGCUUACAGGCGGCAGCCCGAGAGCUGGACCGAGGACGUGCACUGUCGGAUUUGCCUCGACUUCUUCGCCGACCCGGUCUCGCUAGAGUGCGGUCACAACUUCUGCUGCGCGUGUAUCACGGGGGCCUGGGAGCGGGAGGCGAGGAACUCCUGCCCGGAGUGCGGGCAGGAAUUUCCGCGCCAGAAGCUCACCGUGAACCGGGCCUUAGCGAAUCUGGCGGAAAGGGCGAGAAAACUCAGGCUGGAGUCGAAACCGUGCGACGUGAAGCCCUGGUGUCAGGAGCAUCAGGAGGAGGUGAAGCUGUUCUGUGAAACUGACCUGAAACUGAUCUGUUACGUUUGCAGAGAUUCGCGAGGACACAAGUCUCACAGUUUCAUGCCCAUCAAAGAAGCGGUGGAAAUGUACAAGGAGCAGCUGAAAUCUUCUUUACAAUCUCUGAAUGACAAGAGAGCGCUGUUUCUACACACAGAACUGAAGCAGAUCCGCCAGAUUUCUGAAGUUAAGGAACAGGCGAACUGUCUGCAGUCGCACAUCACAUCCCAGUUCGCUAAAAUGCACCAGGUUCUCGCUGCGAAAGAGCAGCGUUUGCUCAGAGAGCUCAGGAGGGAAGAGGAGAGGAUUCUUGACGCGAUGGGGAAGAACCUUGGAGAGAUUCAGGAGAAUUUAAAUUCAAUCCAGGAGGAGAUUACAAAGAUGCAGGAACAGAUGGAGCAGCGAGAUGACGUGACAUUUCUGAGGGUGGAAACAGCUCAGAAGACCAGGUCUGAGGGGGAUUUUUCGAAGCUGGCGUUAGUGUCUGAUCACCUCCCUCUGGGACAGUUCAAUGGCCCAUUGCAGUACAUGGCAUGGAGAGAAAUGCUGGAUACUCUCCACCCCGCCCCAGCCUCAGUGAUUCUGGAUGUAGAUACAGCUAACCCUUGGCUCAUGGUGUCCGAGGACCGGGCCAGCGUGAGGCUGGGGAACGAAGAGCGGGAGCUCCCGGAUGUUCCGCAGAGAUUCGACCGCGGUGCUUUCAUCCUGGCGUCAGAGGGGUUCACAUCUGGAAGGCACUACUGGCAGGUGGAAGUGGCCGAUAAGACGUGGUGGGGAUUGGGGGUGGCUGCGGAGUCCGCACCUCGGAAGGGGGAGUUCAAUCCCACGCCCGAGUGCGGGUACUGGACCGUCUGGCUCUUCCCCAAGCACGGCUGUGUGGCCCGCACCGCCCUGUCCCUGACCCCCCUCAGCCUGAGUGCCGGGCCCCGGAAGGUGGGGGUCCUGCUGGACCAUGGGGCCGGGCAGGUUUCAUUUUACAAUGCGGAUAAUAUGUCCCAUCUGCACACCUACACCCACCCUUUCACCGAGAGGCUCUACCCUUUCUUCUGCCCCGGGCCCAACGACGACGGAUCCAACUCGGCUCCUCUGAGCAUCUGCAGCCCCAGAGCUCUAUAGACCCUGUCCAUCCCAUAAUAUCCGCCAGGCCAGAUCUCACAGCUCAGCCCUUUCUGGAUUCCUGAAAUGGGGGUGGGAAGGAGACGAUUGGAAGAGAAACGCAGCAACUGCUUCAGCAAGUCGGGCGAAAAUGCGGAGAAGACCAACCCCGGGAGAGAAAAGGAUGGCCACUCGGCCCGUUGAGCCACUCAACAGAGGGUGACUGACCCUCCACCUCAUCUUCAUGUACCUCGCGGUGUCUCUCCCAACACCCACCCCCCCUCC